AUGGCCAUCCCAACCAAAGUCACGAUCAUUGGGGCAGCUGGAUUGAUCGGUCAAAUUAUCCUCAAGGCAUUGAGCUUGAAUGUGAGAAUCGCCGUUACCGUCCUAUCCCGUCAAGAACCAUCCGGCACGACUGAGUUUCCACCCGGCGUUACUGUCCAUAAAACCGACUUUUCGCCCUCCAGUCUCCAGUCACUCCUUCGUGGGCAAGAUGUGCUCAUCUCCGCAGUUGGUGGGACUGCCUUCACUGAACAAAAGAAAUUCGUUGAUGCUGCGAUCGAGGCAGGCGUGAAACGGUUUAUUCCCUCCGAGUUCUCGACCAGCAGCGAAGAUGAUGCCGUGAUCCAGCUACUCCCUCUAUUUCAGCAGAAGAGAGAUAUUAUUGACUAUCUGAAAGAGAAAGAGAAAAACGGGUUGAGCUGGACUGCAAUUGCUACUUCUGGGUUGUUCGACUGGGGACUUGCAUCUGGUUUCCUCGGCUUUGACAUCAAGACGAAGUCUGCAGUGAUCUGGGACGGUGGUGUCACAUCAUUCACCAUGACGAAUGAGGAACAGCUUGGAAAGGCUGUCUUAUCUGUCGUCUUACGGUCGGAGGAAACCAAAAACCGCUUUCUGUAUAUUGCGUCGGUCGAGACUACCCAAAACGAAAUCUUGAACACGCUUGAGGAUGUUACAGGCUCACGGUGGACAGUUACUGAGACUACAACUGACGAGCAGGUAGCCGAGGGGCUGAAGAAGCUGAAUGUAGGUGAUUUUAGUGGUGCGUUUGCGCUAGUUCGGGCGACCGCUUUUGGGAGUACUGCUGGCUUGAAGACGAACUACGUCAGGGAUCAAAAGCUCGCCAUUGGAUUGCUGGGGCUGAAUAUGGAUGGUGUAAGGGAGACUAUUGAGCGAGUGGUUGGAGUCUAG